AUGCAGCCUUCUCAUUUUCGUGGUAAUCAAGGCUACGACCUCCCACCCGUGCAGUCGGUGACCUCGGGCGCAUUCCCGGCUCCCGCGUUGCUUUCCGCUCCGCCGAGCAGACCUGACAGCGGGAUGCGCAUGUCUCAUUUACUGCAGCCUAUGCCCUCAGCUGCGUCGGCGACUUCACCGUACCAGCGCUUUUAUGAUUCCGCCUCUGGCUCGCCAGGUGAGACUGCGCUUCCCGAUGCGCCGCCAAUGAGCUCAGUUUCAGGUCUCUACCAAACCAGCCCCGGGCAUGGGCAACAGACUGCCGCGCAGUUACAGCAGAAGCGCGCGUAUCGCCAGCGUAGAAAGGACCCCAGCUGCGAUGCUUGUCGUGAGCGUAAGGUCAAAUGCGACGCCUCGGAGUCGUCCAGUUGCACCGAAUGUAACAAUCGCAGGGUGCGCUGUCAGUUUACCAAAGAGACGAACCGCCGCAUGUCGUCCAUCAAACAGGUCCAGGAUCUGGAGAAACAGUUGCAGAAUACAAAACAGCAAUUACAGCACUUGCAAACGGGCAUGAUGCGGCCGGAUCGCAUGGUCGAUGUUGAUGAAGGCAUCUCGCAGCCGAUGAUUAAGUUGCCUGAGAUCGAAUAUCGACCCGUGCGCCGUUCGAAGGCGCCCAUCCCACAGGAUUUCUCCGAUGUGCGGUCUGAUCUCCGCCAAUACGGCCGUGGCAUCUUGAAGGUGCCCACCCCAUACCGCCAACAGGGCGCAGAGUCAUUAGUGACUGGGGAUGCGCCGGAGCUGCCGCCGAAGAAACUAGCAGAUCAUCUACUUGCCCAGUAUUUCGGUUGCAUUCACUCGGUGCUUCCGGUGCUCCAUUGGCCAAUAUUCAUCGCAGAGUAUGAAAAGGUUUAUCGGUCGGGGUCAUUGCUAGGUGUCUCGACUGAAUGGGCGGCUGUGCUGUUUGGUGUAUUUGCCUGCGGUACCAUCCACACGAACGAGGCGGAUCGGGAGGAGGAGGGGAAGAAAUACGUACGCACAUCCUGUGGGAUUAUUGAUGUUUGGCAUGAUGUCUUUAAUUUGGAUCGGGCUCGCGCGGCGCUGCUGGCUAGCAUAUUUCUCUACGAGGUUAAUUCGAAGUCGGCUAGUUGGGUGUGGAUUGGAUCGGCGGUGCGCGUGGCUCAAGAGAUCGGGCUGCACAUCGACUCCGGACCGUGGCCUGCAGUUGAAGGGGAGAUGCGGAAGCGUGUUUGGUGGGGGUUAUACGCCUGGGAUAGAUUACUUGCACUUGAGAUGGGGAAGCCAGUGUUGAUCAACGAUCAAGACUGCGAUAUCGAUCUCCCAUGUCCUGUGGACGAGCAGUACAUCACAGAAGGAGGCAAGAUCCCAGACAGCCAGCAAACCACGCCCUUGCUAGCUACGAUCCACGUUGUCCGGUCCAUCGGUCAACUCACACGCACCCUACGCUCAGCAACCAUCAGCCCCGCCACCCUCGAGACCUUCGAACUCCACUUCAACACCUGUCUAGCAACAUUCCCUUCUCAAUUCCACCCCAAAACCGACCAAGACCUCGAUCCCCGCUCCCUCGCCCCGGUAAUCUACCUCCAAAACGCCCGUCUCUUCCUCCACCGCCACAACAUCUCCCCCUUCUGCCCAGACAUCGUCCGUACCUCAGCAAUGGACUACUGCGUCUCCACAGCCCUCGACACAGCCAACAUCCUCUCUCGCUGCAUGCGCAACUACCCAACCCACCCAGGACCACCAUGCAUCAACGACCCCCGCUCCCACUUCGCCUCCUCCGCGGGCUCCCUCCUCUGCACACACAUCUGGCGUUGCACGCUCCUCCUCCUCUUCCGCGGCGAGUACGCCGCCGCAUUAGCAUGCGUGCAAGCGCUCUCCUCAAUCGGCGACGUGCGAACCGUCAACGCCGCCUGCGGGCGAUACCUCGCCUUCUUCCUACGACGUCUCCUCGUCCGCAUCCGCCCAUCCGAGGGCCACAUCCCCGAUCUCGACCGCGACGAAGAAAUGAUGGCGUACGUCUCGGGCGAUAUGCAAGGAACUAGCGACGGCAGCUGGGUAUGGCACGGCUCCGAGACAGGGUCUCAAUUGGAAGGGAUGGGGGUCUCGACGACGACAUCCUCGAGCCAUCGGACGGAGAUGGAGACGGAUACAGAGUGGGAGGGAUGGGAGUGGAUUGAGAAGACUGUGCAAGAUCUCUUUACCGAGCAACAUCAGCAACAACAGCAGCAGAUGGCUUACGGGCAGCGGGAUGUCACGAUGGGACAGCCGAAACUGGAGGCAUCUUCUUCUUCUACUACUCUUGCCCCGGAAUCGGCUUCUGAUAGGUCGAGUUCGGCGCAUUCACGCAUGACGAUUGCUAGCAUUAUUUGA